AUGUCGCACGCGAGGCUAUCGACUUUGAGGUGCGGAUUAGUCCGACUCAGCGCGUCUGGCGACGAGGGUGAUGCUCGCGAAAGCGAAGGCGGACGCGGAGACAACGACGCGGGUAAACUGUCCGCAUCGGACUUGCAGAUUCUUCAAGCACGCAUGGAGGCGAUCCGCGCGCAGGAGGCGACACUUGAACAGCUACCCAUUGUCGUUUUGGACGCGAGCGUCCCAAAGCAAGUCCUGCCGCUGACGUUUGAUGCGAGUAACCCGAAGCGAAAGCUCAACGCCGGCACAUGGCUCGGUGAAAAUGUUAAAAUUGGCGACAGAUUCGGCAUGCUUGGUCAGGCGCCGUCGAAUGGACAGAUUUUGCCGAACGGCGUCGUAGUAACAGUCAAUCGACUGCUCGUCAAGCCUUCGGGAGAAUCCCUGGUGGAGCUCAUCGCGGGACAGCGGUUCGCCAUAGUCGGCGCGCCAUUUGAGGAUGAGGAAAAUCAAAACGCGCCGAGCGCGCGAGUGAGGUGGAUUGAGAACCACUUGGGGGCAGGUGCGCAAACGGUGGAGGGUGUGGACGCGGUCGACGACAUCGAUCCGUCGUCGUGCAGUGUAGAGACGAGAGCGUUGGCACUGGAACUCCCGAGUCUCGUCGACGAUUGGCUCGCCCUCGUUGUGGCGAAAAAGCGCGAGCGGCAACCGGAUCAGAUGCAGCUAAUCCUCUCACAUUUAGGCGAGCGGCCGAACGUCGAUCAACCGGCUGAGCUCGCGUGUUGGAUCGCUGGCCUCAUCAAUCCCAUCCCCGCAUUGGGCGUCGCGUAUGAGAUUCGACCCGCACUUUUAUGCGCACCCACAGUGGGAGACAUGAUCAGCAUCGUCUACCAGGGCAUCAAGCUCUCCAUCGAGAAGUUGCGCGGCGCGCCGGAGAUGUGA